AUGAGAGAACCGGGUCGGCCGAGUCUGGACCAGAACACGGUCCUCAACAGCGUCCGCUUCGCAAGCACGUACGUCCGAGCCUGCCAAGUGGACCUGACCUGGAGUGGAGGCCAGCAUUCUGAAUCCGGCUUCGGGUCGGCCAGGUGCUAUGUGACCACGGAAACCCGAGGCUGCGCCAACAAAUUGAAGGGGACCAAGGCCAGUAGCGGCGUUUGCGUAUUUCGCAUCAACAUCACCUCACACAACCGCCUGCGGUCGACGCACUCCGUCUUUAAGCUGCUUCCGGCCACUCUGUUCAUAUGGGACGUAUCACGUGGUGAUUCUCCUCUCCGUCCGCUCGGCCUCACACUCUGCCCGCCCACUCUUCUCCCACAUGCACAGGCGGGCCCAUCAAAUGUGAACCUGCUCUUCGUGAAUCUGGCAACGCCGGCGUCGACGAAACAGAGGUUUGAGGCAGGGUGGGGUAUAGGGUUGGCACAAAUCUCUGUUCACACGCGACUCUUGUGGGUUGAGGGCGAGCCAACGGGCCGACGGUGGAGCCAGGCAGAAGUGUCGAUCAUGCCGGCCACGGACAGACAUGUUGUGGUGGGACGACAUGAGCCCAUCUUCAGGCGAAUGAUUGCCAACUUUUCCACGUCUCGUCUGCUUUCCCACCUCAUUUCACCGACUCGUGAAGAAGCCCAACUAGACUGGCUCCAAUAUGACUCGCCGUCACUGGGUGUCUGUGAAGAAGCCUCAAACCAGUUCGAGGCCUCUCCGAGUGCGACGCCUCUACUCACUUUUGCCGUGGUUUCAGCCAUGGACACACCUUCUGAGCAUACGAAUUCAUAUGAAUUGCUCCCCAGCCCCACCAGACGUGGUCGCCUCAUUGCAUAG